AUGGCACUUAUACAACACAGCAACCUUCGCUCCGCGGGCAAAAUCCUUCGCACACCUUUUAAAGCUGCUUUAGCAGCUCUCUCCUCUUCUUUUACGGCCCAACUAGCAGUUCCUUUUACUCAAGAAGAAGCUAUUAGUAAGCAAGACGAUGAAGAUGAUCCCUCGGCCCUUACUAACCCCGAAGAAGCUUUGGCCCAAUACCAAGCUCUUUUCUACUUUGGCGCUAGUGCAGAUCGAUCCAAUCGAUUUAACAAAUUCUCUUUUCCCGGAAACGCCUUUAGGUCAGCAAUCAAAACCCUUGGAUCGUCUUGCAAAGACUCGAAUACGCCGAAGCUCCCCCGCCACUACUCAGUCAACGAGAUAGAAUACGGCGCUGGACCUGAAUACGGCCUUUAUUCGGAUGACUCGGACGAUGGGCCCUACUCCGACGCUCUUGAGGAUCACCAAGAGCUCCUUUCUGCUGACCCCGACGCUCCCGAUAAUAAGGGAAACGUCGAGGCUUAA